AUGAGAAAAUUUUGGAAAAUUGUCAAGAAUUUAAAAAGGGACUUUAGUGUUUCAGUACUUGAGAGGCCAGGCGAUGUUCGUCCUUAUGCUGAGGUGCGUUUGUUAGAUAGAAAUGUGAUAGGUCUUUUAGACACUGGUGCCUCCGUGACGUGUCUUGGUGCUCAAGCCGCUAUAGAUUUUCUAGGAUCUCAGAUUCCUUAUAAGAAAUUAAACACCACUGUCAAUACGGCAGAUGGUAAACCUCAAAGGAUUGCGGGUGUUUUUACGACUGAAGUGGUUUUUAGAAAUAAAAGUGAGCCCAUUACUAUUUAUGUGGUUCCUAAUUUGUCACAGGAUUUGAUACUUGGCAUUGAUUUUUGGAGGAAAUAUAACCUUCUUCCUCAGUCUCUUUUAAAUGGAAUUUCCAGUUUAUCGUUCUCAGUAGGCGAUGCCCAAAAUUUAGACCAGAAAUAUCUCUCGGUGGAUCAGAAGUUUCAGCUGCAAUGUGCUAUUGAUUUAUUUCCUUCGUUCGCGAAAGAGGGCCUAGGGAAAACGAAUGUCAUUUGCCAUACUAUUAAUACGGGUGGUGCAACCCCGAUAAAACAAAGGCAUUUCCCUGUCUCUCCGGCGAUUGAGAAGCUAAUCUACGAAGAGCUUGAUCGCAUGUUGGCUAUGGGUGUAAUAGAGGAGUCCACUAGUCCUUGGUCUUCUCCGAUUGUUUUGCAUAGAAAACCAGGCAAGAAUCGCUUAUGCUUGGACAGUAGAAAACUUAAUGCUGUUACAGAGGGGGAUGCUUAUCCACUUCCACAUAUCGAUGGUAUCUUGAGUCGUUUGCCUAAAGCUGAAUUUAUAUCCAGCCUUGAUUUGAAGGAUGCAUUCUGGCAGAUACCGCUAGAUGAAUCGUCGAAAGUUAUGCCAUUUGGCUUAUGUAAUGCCCCGCAAACCAUGUGCAGGCUUAUGGAUAGGGUGAUACCGGCAUCUCUCAGAGCUGAGGUUUUGGUCUACCUGGACGAUCUUCUAGUGGUAUCUCCCACAUUUGAUCGGCAUCUAGAGGUACUCAAGGAAGUGGCUAAGUGUCUUCGUAAUGCUGGACUUACAAUAAACACUAAUCGAAAAUUCGUAUGGACCGAGGAGGCCCAAAAAUCCUUUGAAGAUUUGAAAUCCAUUCUUAGCUCAGCCCCUGUUUUGCACAGUCCUGAUUUUUCACAGCCGUUUUUUAUACACUGUGAUGCCAGCAAAACAGGAAUAGGAGGAGUCUUGGUGCAAAAGAAUGCGGAGGGCGAUGAGUUUCCUGUGGCGUUUAUGUCUAAGAAACUUAACCAAGCCCAACGUAACUAUAGUGUCACUGAACAAGAAUGCUUGGCAGCAAUGCUUUGCAUUAAAAAGUUUCGAGCUUAUGUCGAGGGACAUGAGUUCACGGACUUAUUGAGAAGGGUUGAAGAUAAUAUCGAUUCCACUCCCGACUUGAAGAUUAUCGAUGGUUAUUUAUACAGACGAACGGAACACGCCGUUGGAGAACAGCUUGCUGAUGACAUGAUUUGGAAGCUAUGGAUUCCUAAAAGUAUGGUUCCAGAGGUAUUGCAGAAACAUCAUGAUGACCCCUUGUCUUCGCAUUGUGGGAUUAAUAAAACAUUGGAAAGAAUUCGCAGAUACUAUUUCUGGCCUAACUUAGUUUGGGAUGUUAAGAAUUAUGUUAACUCGUGUGAAUUUACAGCUGAUGCUGUUAUUAAGUAUAUGGAAGAAGAUUUGUUUCACACAUUUGGUGUACCAGAGAGCGUUAUCUCGGAUAAUGGAACGCAGUUCAAAGCAAAGAAAUUUAAUGAUCUUUUGAAUUUUUAUAAGAUUUCUCAUAUUUAUACCGCAGUUCAUUCGCCACAGGCUAAUGCCUCUGAACGGGUGAACCGAUCCGUCAUUUCUGCUAUUAAGGCAUAUGUAAAACCCGAUCAAAAAAAUUGGGAUGAAAAACUAAGCCACAUUGCGUGUGCUUUGCGUUCGACAGUACAUACUGCCAUUGGGACUUCCCCUUAUUUUAUGGUUUUUGGUCAAAAUAUGGUGACUAAUGGUUCUAUUUACCAACUGCUAAGAAAACUGAAUGCUUUAGAGGAUAGGGCGAUACAAUUUAAUAGAUCGGACACCUUUGAUGUUGUUAGAUCUAAAGCUGCUAAUGUGAUGAGAGUGCAACAUGAUCGUAAUGAAAGACAAUACAACCUACGUUCGCGUGAAGUGUCAUAUAAUGUUGGUCAAGAGGUGUACAGGCGAAAUUUUAGCCAAAGCAGUUUUGAAAAAGGAUACAAUGCUAAACUUGCGCCUACGUUUAUUAAAUGCAGGCUUUUCUUUCGCAUUGGAGUUCCCAUACACUCACAAAUGGAUUAUUAUUGUAUUUGUGGCAUCUCAGCCUACCCGUCCCAAUCAUGCGAUGUCCUUGUGGCUUUGGCCCUGAUGAAGAGUCUUCUGCAGACCUUCCUUAGACCAACCAGUUCUGGUGGUGGCAAUUUGCUAUUUUGA